CAAGAACCUAUUACCCAACAAAUAUGCAGAAGAAAGUGGAGGUGGAUUGGGCAUACACUGAGAAGGCCGUUUGGGGACGUGACAGGCCAGGCUAUCGAGUGGAAUCGAAAUGGGAAACGACGAGUUGGGUGUCCGAGGCGAGGGUGACAUGGAGGAGAUAGUGUGAGAAAUAAAUGAGAGCUUGUGGGCUGUCGUGGAGCCAGGUUGAAAAGAUUGCAGAGAAGAGAGUGUAAUGGAGACGUGCUACUGAAGUCUUAUUUUCCACUAGGAAUCCAAGGGACAAAUAAUAAUAAAAUUCGUAGGUGAAGAACUCAUGAGUUUGGUACUGUUCCACAUUAAUUUACAUAUGAAUGGUCACCUGUUAGGCAAUAGUAACACAACUAGCAUCUUACAAAUACUUGAAAGCAAACUGUAAUCAGAUUAUCAUUGUUAGUUUUGUAUAUUCUAUAGAAUACUAGUUAAAAUACGCUUAGUCAUUUUCAAGUAUUCAGUAGGCGCUAGAAGUGGAAUUCAGGACACACGUUUCCUCUUAUUUAAAAUCGGUCUGCAGGAUGUAACUGCAUCAUCGACAAAGAAUUGUGUUUAGUAACACUCAUUACGAAAGCUAAGAUGUUAUGUGUCAGGUUACUGUGUUACUAAAGCUACUUAUUGUGUUUAGUAGUUGAAGACGAAAGUCAUACCUUGAAUUCUACUACAGAAUGUAUAACCGGGAUCUGAAUACGGGCUAUUUCGAAGCAUUCCUGUAAAUUAGUCAUAUCCCAAUAGAGACUGACUAAUUUGGCUCUAUGCUUUUGGUGUUUCUUCGCAGAAAAAAUAAGCUAGAAUUGACUAUGCUAAAUCUUCGACUGAUUUUUACUGAUCAAUUCCAUACACACACACACCCUUACUUAGUAACACAUCAUAAUAAAGGAACUGAAUGCAAACUUAUUAUAAAAUUGUCAUCUCCGUACAACCUUCCUGAACAUAAUCUACAAAGGCUUGAUCUCUUAAAAAUAAAUAAAUAUUUACUGCAGUUUUCAAAUCAGUUGAAGAACCAUUGGAAGUUUAGUGGAACCAUAUUUCUCUUCCUUCCCAGUUUCAAACUCCCUGGAAGUGUGUACCCCUGGACACAAUGAUAGGUAGAACUGGAGAACGUCAAUUCUCACAAUGAGCACGUUGUCACAGCCAAUGGUAUAUAUUUUCUUCAUUCAAUUGAUUCGCCAUAUAGCGUGACCAUUAUUCACUCUCAUCCACGGUCACGUACCCUAACUCACAGCUUAGUUGACUUCACAGUUCACCAUUUCCCAUUAGAAUCUUUCAACUAACAUAAGAUUUAACCUAAAGAUUUCUCUCUGAUCAAUAUAUUUCAUGAAUGUCUAAAUCAACAUUUCUAUUAUAACUGUGUUGAAAUCAUUGCAUUUAUAUUUAGGUACACUAUUUUGUCACCAGGGCUUCGCUUUC